AUGAAGGAGUUGUUUUUAAGUAUUCUAUGGCGCUUGGAUUUCUUUUCUGGAUUUUGUUCCGCUAAUACGAGGGAUUUCUUUUUCAGUGGCUUAACGUCCGAACAAUUCAUGAAGAAGGCGACUAAUGAACCAGUGCUGGAGUACAGAAGAGGCAGCGCGGAGAGAACAGCGCUCGAAAAGGAGUUGGAUGCCAUGUGUAGAACUCCUACGAUUGUUCCUGUUUGUAUUGGCACAAGAAAGAUUACAGACGAUUAUGCUUUAACCCAUGUGAUGCCGUCCGAUCACGGAACUGUGAUAGCGAAGUACCGACACGCCAAUGCGGACCAGAUUCACGAGGCAAUCGAUGUUGCCCUGGAGGCUCGCAUACCAUGGGAAAGGAAGCCAUUGAAAGAACGAGCAGAUAUCCUACUUCAUGCAGCGGAUCUCGCAGGAGGAAAGUAUCGAAUGAAGCUGAAUGCGGCGACCAUGCUCGGACAGGGCAAGAGUAUAGUGCAGGCUGAGAUUGAUGCUGCCUGUGAACUCAUAGACUUUUUUCGUUUCAACGCUAUGUAUGCAUUGCAAUUGGAGAAAUACGAACCAAUUAGUACAAAAAUUAGCACCAAUACGAUGUGUUACCGCGGAAUGGAGGGUUUCGUAGCUGCGAUUGCACCGUUUAACUUCACAGCCAUUGGCGGCAACCUGGCAUCAGCACCUGCUUUGAUGGGAAAUGUCGUACUAUGGAAGCCAUCUGACACUGCAGUGCUUAGUAACUACAUCAUCUAUGAGUUGUUAGAAGAAGCUGGUAUACCACCUGGUGUAGUCUCAUUUUUGCCUUCGUCUGGGCCCGUUUUUGGAGAGAUGAUCACUUCGAACCCAAACUUAAGUGCCAUCAAUUUCACUGGUUCAGUUGCAACAUUCAAAACGCUUUGGCGAAAUGUUGCUGAAAACCUGGAUAAGUACGUCACAUUCCCGAAACUUAUUGGAGAAUGUGGUGGAAAGAAUUUCCAUUUUGUACAUCCUUCAGCCAAUGCCGACGUAGUGGCAGCUGGUACUGCUCGUUCUGCUUGGGAAUAUGGCGGUCAGAAGUGUUCUGCCUGCUCGCGCAUCUACAUCCCAAAGAGCCGUUGGGACGAAAUCUUCCAAAAGAUUAAGGAGAUUCACAACCAAAUCAAGCUUGGUGAUGUUCGAGACGGAACGAUUUUCUUUUCUGCAGUGAUCGAUAAAAAGUCUUUCAAUAAUAUUAAGAGCUAUAUAGAAUAUGCGAAAAGAGGUGGUGAUGGGGCUAAGAUUCUAUUAGGUGGUAACUGUGACGAUUCGAAAGGAUAUUACAUUGAUGCUACACUCAUACGGGUUACAAAUCUCAGGAGCAGACUCAUCAGCGAGGAAAUAUUUGGGCCCAUCUUGACUGCUUAUGUUUACGACGACGACAGUGUGGAAAGUAUUCUUAGCUCUAUAAAGGAGCACAGUGUAUAUGGGCUUACUGGUGCUGUAUUUUCGGAAGACAAGGAUUUCUUAUAUCAUGCUCGCGAUGUGUUGCGUGAUGCGGUUGGAAACAUGUACCUCAACGAUAAGUCCACUGGUUCCGUUGUAGGGCAACAACCGUUUGGAGGAGCUCGUAUGUCGGGAACUAAUGACAAAGCAGGAGGCCCUCACUAUGGUAUUCGAUGGUCGUCUCCUUUAACUAUCAAAGAGACAACUGUGCCUCUUACUGAUUGGCGCUAUCCGUCAAUGGAUUGA